GUUUUGUGCGCGCCGUUUCGUUUUUGUUUCCGUAUUGUGAUCAUUACGACUCCAUCUCAAUCACAGAAUGGUGGAGAAAUAACUUACCAGCUUAUUAUUUGUGACUUUUAUUACAGGUACAAUAGUGCUCUGAAUUAUUGUUGAUAAAUAUUAUUAAGCGUGUGUGAUUUUUGAUGGAAUAGAAUGUUUGAAUGAAGUGUUGAUAAACUGCGUGGCGGGAAGGGCGAUUAGAAGUGAAAACAUCAGAAAACGAAUCGUGUACGAAUUCCCGAAAAACUGUUAUCAUGUUUUCAUUGGAAGUCACGCUCCUAAAAUGCAUAUAUGUCGUGUGUAUAGUUAAAGGGUAAAAUACAAACAAUAUAGAGAAACUUUUCUUCGACAAGCGAUUUGCAGGCGACUGGUCGAAUUGGUAAGAUAUAUGGGGCCAGAAACGUGACAAGUGAAAAGUUUGUUCCUUCGUCCACUAAAUUUUUAAUUUAUAUUUGUAAGUGAAAUGAAGUGAGUUUAUUAUACAAUUACAUCUAGGAAGAUGAAUGUUAUUUUUAAAUUUUACGGGAGCUGGAACUCGAAUGGUUAAUAUUCAGUGGGCGAGGCUUAUCUAAUCACAAGAAAAUCAGCAAGAUGAUGCUCGGAGACUUCGAAUUUCAUCAGUGUGUUGUCUUCCUCACUCAUGCACACGCACGUUUACGCAUCGCAUCGCUUUCACGGCCGCACGCAACAUUUUAUCUUCCACGCAAUGUGUGUGCAGCUUUACAGGACAGGAGUGCCAUCUACCACCACCUGAAUAUAACAUGGCUGAAGACCAACUUAACGUCGUCAUCUGUGGGCUGCAGGCCACAGCAAGGGGUAGAACCUGCGUCAGUACCAGCAAGACACACAGGGACUGUCCGCUUCGAGAUCCUGGACGAUGAAGUCGACAUCUCGAAUUUGUACAAACGCAACAGGGACUUCCCCGAACGCAAGACGAUGAGAAUCCAGUGACAGUGUAACAUAAACGUGAAGUGUGUGCAUGAAGAUGGAGCCUCCACGUAAGGCAGUGGGUCUGUUAGGGCUUCAAGCCCCGAACCUCCUCACUGGAAGGUGUUUGUCGGCGUACUGGUCCUGCAUUCGGUCACUCCACGUUCAGCUCUGCUGACAAUCCUCGGCU